AUGCUUUCACGUAAAAUGAACCAGACUGAACUCUCCCGUAGGGACAAGAGGAGGCACAAUAUCGAGUCGAAAGUAACCAAAGUUUACUCAGGCUUCAUAAGCAAUAAGGACACGUACUACAAGGACCGGCUUACUACUCUGCAGACCAACUUGACCACUCUGCACCAGGGCAACAACCAGUUUUACGUCAGGAGCAUCAGGGAUUUAGAGGAAGAGAGGGAUGCAGAGCUCAUAAGGCUCAGGCUCUACGAAGAGUACCGUAUUUCCAGGUCUUCUGUGGAGUUUCAAGAAGACAUCGAAAAGGGGAAAAGCGAGUACGAGGACCUGGUCAAGCUGUGCAAGGAGAAGCUCUACGAGUCCAUCGAGAACAAGAUGAAGAACUUGAAGGAGGAGAGGCUGUUGAUGGAUAUCGCGAACACGCACUCGUAUGCGAUGGAUUACAAUCGCACACGUUUCCACAAGAACACAAGAAGCCACACUGCCAGCGGGUGGGAAUCUGCCUCGAACACCGAUUUUGCAUCUUUCGCCACUGGUAAAAACAACAACAAUGCAUACAAUUCUCCAAAUGAAAGCACAGACACCGGCGCCAACACCGAUCGCAGGUCGCUAAGAAGGAGGGUUGCUACUAAGAGCGCGAUGGGCACACUGAACAGUGAGAACCAUUCGGAUCACGGAAACUCCACGUCUGCUUACAACAGGGACGGCUUCACGAGCGGUAAUGCCAACGAAAGUGACUACAACAGCGCCGGCAAGGACACCGCCAACAGACAGUUGCAAUCGGACUCAGACUUCCUACAAUAUCUGAGUGACAAUUCCGAUCUGCAGACCCUUUUGUUCGGCGAGGACGCCCAGAACAAUGCAAACUCGUCAAACAGUUCAAACAAGAGGAAACCAAAGAACUCUCAAAGAUUGUCCACCAAGACAGCGCCGCCAUUAGCAUCUUUGUCAUCCGAUGAAGUUACAAAUGACAUUGUGGUGAUAAGAGAUCUGACGGGACAACCUGAAGCGCCCUUCAAAGUUCGAACAGAACAAUAA